AUGGGACCUGCAGUUCACAUUAAAGCCAUUCAGUUCCGCAGGUCUGCGUUCAGACGCAGCGUAUUUUGCGCAGAAGUGAGUGCUCUGGAGCAGGAUAAACCCCACAGAGAUUAGGAUCCACAUGUCCCUGCAGCUCCAGCGCUGUCACACUUUAAGAGUUUACUCCUAGAAGAGGAUCUGUCUCCUGCUCCUGGUUUUUAUUACCUGAGGAAGGAAUCACCAUGCCUGGCGAUGGGUUCACCAUCACAAGCCGCAUCAGGAAUCUACUGCGCACUCCAUCAAUGAAGAACAAGAAGAAAUGCAAGGAAAACCUCUCCAGCAAGGUGACUUUGGAGAAGGUGCUGGGGAUCACCACUUCAGGAAACAGUGGAUUGACCUGCGAUCCCCGAUCUGGACUUGUGGCGUAUCCUGCAGGGUGUGUGGUGGUCUUGCUGAACCCCAAAAAGAACAGACAGCACCACAUUAUAAAUACUUCCAGGAAAACAAUCACAGCUCUAUCAUUUUCCCCUGAUGGAAAGUACCUGGUGACGGGAGAGAGUGGUCACUUACCAGCAGUGAGACUGUGGGAUGUUGCAGAGCGAAGGCAGGUGGCCGAGCUCCAGAAGCACAAAUAUGGCGUCUCGUGUGUGGCCUUCUCCCACAACAACAAAUACAUAGUCAGUGUGGGGAACCAGCAUGACAUGAUGGUUAACGUCUGGGCCUGGAAGAAAGAUGUAGUCGUGGCUGCAAACAAGGUGUCAAGUAAGGUGACAGGUGUGUCUUUCUCUGAAGACAGCUCCUACUUUGUAACUGUGGGAAACAGACACGUCAGGUUCUGGUAUCUGGACCACUGUAAGGCCAAUAAGACCAGAGCUGCCAUCCCUCUGCUGGGCCGCUCAGGGCUACUGGGGGAGCUGAGGAACAACUUCUUCUCUGAUGUGGCUUGUGGGAGAGGCUCCAAGUCGGACUCCACUUUCUGCAUUACCUCCUCAGGUCUGCUGUGUGAGUUUAACAGCAAGAGAAUGCUGGACAAGUGGGUGGAUCUGAAGACUGGCAUGGCUCAGUCCCUGUCUCUGUCUGAAGACAUGAUCUUCUGUGGCUGCGCUGAUGGAACGGUACGAGCCUUCAGCCCCUCCGACCUCCACUUUGUCUGCACGCUGCCGCGGCCUCACCCGCUUGGAGCUGACGUCUCAGCCGUCACCGAGGCCAGCCAUUUAUUUAACAUCAAAAUAGAAGGCCGAUACCCUGAUGUCACUGCGGUCACCUAUGAUCCUGUGAGCCGCUGGCUCAGCUGUGUGUACAACGACCACAGUUUGUAUGUGUGGGAUGUUAGAGAGGUGCACCGGGUUGGGAAAGUGAACUCUGCCCUUUUCCACGCUGCCUCCGUUUGGGACUUACAGGUGUUCCCGGAUGUUCCUGGAGGGCCGGCUGCAGGACUGUCAUCCAGUACAUUCUUCACUUGUUCAGCUGACAGCACCAUAAGAAUAUGGAAGAUGGAGGACUCCACACAACCUCCUCUUAACUCGCAGAACAUCCUCAGCCAUGAUCUGUUGAAGAACAUCUACAUUGAUGGAAACACAGGCGCCCUGCUGGAUCCAGAAUGUAACGUGAACGCAGACAAAUCAGGAGACGUGCAGACAGCAGAAACCAGAGCGGGCAUCAGGACCAUCUGUAUCAGUCCAGACGGCAAACACCUGGCAUCUGGAGACCGCAACGGGAUGCUGAGGGUUCACGACCUUACCAACAUGGAGGAGAUUCUUAAAGUGGAAGCCCAUGAUGCUGAGAUCCUCUGUCUGGAGUACAGUAAACCUGAAACAGGUCUGAAGCUGCUUGCCACAGCCAGCAGGGACCGUCUGAUCCACGUCUUGGAUGCAGAUGAUAGCUACAGCCUGGUGCAGACGCUCGACGAGCACUCCUCAUCCAUAACAGCCGUCCGAUUUGCCUCCAACGACAACAAGGUGAGGAUGAUCAGCUGUGGAGCAGACAAGAGCAUCUACUUCCGCACGGCACACAAGACUGACAAAGGAACAGAGUUCAGGCGCUCUCACCACAUGGUGAGGAAAACCACACUUUACGACAUGAGUGUAGACGCCACCUGCAAGUACGCAGCUGUUGGCUGUCAGGACCGCUGCAUCAGGAUUUUCAACAUCAGCAGUGGCAAACAGAGAAAGCUGUACAAAGGAUCGCUGAGUGGAGAUGGCAGUCUCCUCAGGGUUCAGAUCGAUCCAUCAGGGCAAUAUGUGGCCACCAGCUGCUCCGAUAAAAACAUCAACAUCUUUGACUUCUACACGGGGGAGUGUGUUGCCACGAUGUUUGGACACUCAGAAAUUAUCACCGGGAUGAAAUUCACCAACGACUGCAAGCAUUUAAUCUCUGUAUCAGGAGACAGCUGUGUCUUUGUCUGGCGCCUUGCUCCAGAGCUAACCAUUGCCAUGAAGGAGAGGCUUUACCAGCUGGAGAAACACCCAAACUCACCUCGCUGUGGAAUCAGGCGGGAGGUGUACAGCGCUCCCGCUCUGGUUGGUCUCUCCUCUGACAGCGAUCAGGAGAACGAGGUGGAGGACGCAGAGGAGAAUGAAGACACUAAUAAUCUGGAUGACAGCAAAAGCAGCAGCUCCUCUAACAGCUGCCAGAGAGAGGAGGACACAGGUUCAGAAGGAGAACAGCAGUGGGAGCACAGAAAGGAAGGAGCUGUCCCCCAAAUCAUUCCUGAUCCCACUAAACGUCCACGGCGACGCUGGUCUCGUCGUAUUGGCUCACUGGAACUGAUGGUAAAAUCCAUGCUGGACUUGAGGCAGCUUGAGACAUUUGCUCAAAAGAAAAGCACCAACUACCCCACACAGGAAAGAGACAGACAGAGCAGCUCCAGCUUUCAAGAUCUUGAGUAUCAUGUGGAGGAGAGAUCCAGAAGGCGUCUAGCAUGGCUGCCCUCAGCCUCGUCCAAGUGUGCCAAGGAGAUGGAUAGAGCAGUGACCUUCCCUGAGGAAAACGAAGAAGACACAAGUCCAGCAGAGAGUGAUUACAUGGUGGCAGAACAGCCCCGUACCCCACAGAGACAAUUGAUCCGCUCUGAGAGCCAGGACAGCCGCAGCCCAGACAGUGCCUGCUCGCUGGGCUAUGACAGCAGGGAAUCCAGCCCGGAUCGCACCCUGGAUGAUGUGGACUGUGUGAGUCAGGGCCGCUCUGAUGAGGAGAAUGAAGAAGAGGAGGAGGAGUCUGAGAGGAAGGCUGUGUUAGUAACCAGUAUGGAUGAAGCUCUGAGGACAGUGAAUGACUUUUAUGAGCCCAAUCAGGAGGACUUCCUGAGGCAGAACUUUGAGACCCUGUCAGAAGGCUGCAGCUCAGCUGAGCAGAGCAGAGUCCCCAGACUCAGCAUGUCUUCACGCUUCCUGGCCAAAGGACAUAAUAACAGACCAGUAGCUCCAUUUGCCAGAGUGACUGAAUCAGGACAAGGACACAAAUCUGCUGAGCCUCUGGUGUCGAAAGUUCGUCCCUUGAUGGACGAGAGGAGAGAGAUGGAAGACAGGAUCCCCGCUUCCCCCAUCAGACCCGAGAGCAGGCCUCCUGAGAAAAGUCCCCCUCCUAAACUUCGUCCACUGAAGAAAAAGACCUCGUGGUCCCCUGAAUGGAGGAAGUCGACCCCCACAUCAGCGACCUCCUCCAUGCUGGAUAUACCAGCUGCUUUCCAGAAGUCGUUCUCUGCACAGAACCUAUAUGCAUCCUCUGCACGCUCCCCUGUGCCCUCUGGUGUCCAAAGGGAGCUGCAGAAGAGACCUCAGCAGCUGCUUUUGACUAAUAGCGCCACCAAUCCUUCCUUUUACUUCUCUUCCCCCUCCUCUGGAUCACCACACACCCCACCCUCACCCCCAGCCUGGGAGAGCCCCAAACUAAAGCCCCAGCACUCCUACAUGAACCCCACAGCUAGCUCAAAGGCCAAACGCAGCCGAUCCACCUCUCCAAGAGACAGUCUACAGUCCUGCUCCCCCUGCUUCCCUGAAGGUAGGAGGUCACCCUGGGAGCUGGAGGUGGAGUCUAGCCGCCUCUCUUCAUCAUCUGGCAUCCAUCUCCCAUCCUCCGACUCAUCUGAAUCGUCCCUUUCGUUGAGAGCUCUCUCAAAAAGCUCCUCUCUGGCUCAGCAUCGUCAAACAGGAGCCCUUUUGACCCAGAGCACUCAGCCUUCCCGUAUCCCGCUCCCGAAGCAGCCUCUGAGCCCUCGGCGCAGCCUGAUCCUCGACGUGAAGCCGAUCCCUGGUCUCAGGGCUUCUGUCUCUACUGCGGAUAUUUGCUGUGCUGUUUCACCGUCCCCUGAUAAAACACAAGCACGAUGCAGACAGCUCUCUUUAAGUCUGGAUCCUUCGCUGCCGAGUUCACUGCCAGUGAAGCAGAAGAGAGACACCUUUCCUGAGAGUGUUACGGAGGGAGGUGCAGCGGCUAAAGAGCGCCCUCUGGUGUCAGAAGAAGACCGGAUUUUGAGCCAACAGAAAGAUCAUUCAGUCACCCCUGAGACUUGCAGGCAAGCCGUCAACGAUCUUCACCAGAGUUUGAGGGAAACGAUUGUUCUGUACACUGCGUUACUUAAAGACGACCAACCACAGAGUGAAGACCAAGAGGAGAUGAGGAGCUUCCUGUCCGAGGCUCUGUUCAGGGUUAAGGCGGAGCUGCAUUCGCUGCCUCUUAGUAGCUCAAAGAGCGAGGGGCCCCCAGCAGCCCCAGUGUUAAACUGCGAUGGCGACAAAGCUCUGGCGCUGCUGGAGCAGUACACUGAGCUGCUUGUGAAAUCUGUGGAGAGGAGGUUGGACACUAAGACCUGAUUGAUAUUCUGACAUGCGAAGAAGCUUUAGCACUGUGAACUGCACCAUUUCUAUUUGCACUAAACAUUUCAUGCACAUGCUAACAAUCCCCUUUAGAGAACAUGAGAAUGAGACUCUGAAAUGUUUUUUAGUUGAAAUGGACUUCGGACAAGUUGAUUAA